GGCCGGUUCCCUUGGUUGUGGCUGAAGACGUGGCUGGUGGAUUAUAUCAGAGAAGCAAACAAAUAUGGUAACACAGCAGUAGGGCAUUGGAGAGGAGAGUCGCUAUCUCGCGCACACAAAGGUGCCGGGAGAUUUCUUCUCUCUCUCUCUCUUCAGUUUAGAUUAAUGGAACUUGGUAAUCGCAGACCUUGCGCAUCCAGACCGUGUCAAUACUCGGUCUGCUCCUCUGUAUUUAUGCAUCAUCUUCUUCUUUCCUCUAGAUCUCUCUUUUCUAGACAAUGGGAAUCGCCAAUACUAGGGCUUGACACGAAUAAGGAUUUUAGGGCUGGACACGAAUAUUCGAUUACGAAUAUUCGUACGAAUAUUCGUAGUCGAAUACGAAUAAAAUUUAGAAUUUCCGCUUACUAAUAUUCGUACGAAUAAUAUUCGCAUUAUUCGUAAUUAUUCGUAAUUAUUCGUAAAUCUCUGAAGCUAUUUCCAUGUAUCUCGCAGCAUCAUAAGACGCCUCAUAGUCUCUGCACUCAUUGAGCUCCUCCGCACUCCUAAGAGAUCUCUUCCCCCACUGAACAGUCUUUCGACUGAUACCCCAGAUGCUGGUAUAGCCAAAUAAUCUCUGGCAGCUGCAGCCAUACGUGGGU